AAGAGAUUGUUCAGACAAUCUAUUUAUCAUAAACUAGAGAUUCCACUCACUAAUAAGUUAACUGUACUGUUUUGAGGAUACCCACAAUGCACGCUAAUUAUUCUUAUACUAAACUUAGACGAGAAUAUGGCAAACAAUGUAAAUUUAAUAAGUGGGGGCCAAAAAUUUUAGAAAAUGUUUUACCAGAUAUGAAGCUUGAAGAAAACUGGAUAAAAGAUAAUGUUUGUGAUAGUGAAACUUGUAAAGGAGUAGAAUGGUCAGCACAUGAUGUUAAUACCAUACGUGCUGAAUAUGUUGAAAAGGGUAUUUAUCAUGUUGAAGGAGGUUGGCCAAAAGAUGUAAAUUUAGAAGAUCCCGAGCAGGUAGUAAGAUAUAAAAAAAAAACAGAAAAGGAUGACUUAUACAUGCAAGCUGUUAUGCAAAUGUCUAGUCUCACUGAACAUCUUAUCAAUCAAAACAAUUCAAUUGACAUAUAUGAAGCUUACUUCACAAAUUUAAAUUGCACAACUAAUCAAUCUCUGAGACCAUCUUUUCAAACAAUAGCCGUUAUGUCUGACACAUGUGAGCAAAUGAGACCUGUACAGCACUUAUCAUGGAGCCCUGACCAAGGAUCGUUAUUAGCUAUAAGUUACGCAAAUAUGGACUUUCAAAAAAAAGAUUAUAUAACCAAUCCCGAUUCAUUAAUAUUUGAUUUAGAGGAUUCUACCACGCCAUAUUUUAUUGUUGAAUCAUCAUAUCCCAUUGUGACACUUGAAUUUAAUUAUAGAGAUACUCAAUGUUUGGCUGGUGGUCUUAUGAGUGGACAAGUUGCUUACUGGGAUAUUCGUAAAAGCUCAGAAUGUGUAUCAAUUAGCAAUGUAAAAUUUAGUCACCGAGAUCCCGUCAGAAGUCUCUAUUGGAUAAAUUCAAAAACUAGCACAGAAUUUUACACUGGAUCCAGUGAUGGACAGCUUAUGUGGUGGGAUACUAGAAAACUAAUAGAACCUAUAGAAGUUUUAACUUUGGACUUAUCAAAAAAUGAGAACACGGAUGAACCAGAUUGGUCUAAAUGGUCUCGAUCACAUGGAGUGUCAUGUAUGGAUUAUGAUCCAUCAAUUCCAAUUAGAUUUAUGGUUGGUACAGAAACUGGGUUAGUGUUCAAUGGUAAUCGUAAAGGUAAAACAGUGUUUGAAAAAAUAUCUGCCACAUAUAGUUGUCAUUCUGGACCGGUUUGUUCAGCUCAAAGAAAUCCUAUAUUUUUGAAAAAUUUUCUAACUGUUGGCGACUGGCAGGUUAGAAUAUGGUCAGAAGACAUUAGAGAGUCUCCGAUUAUGUGGUCAAAGCGACACGAAAUUAGAUUAACUGAUGGGGCUUGGAGUGAAACAAAACCAUCAGUUUUUUAUACUACAAGAGAUGAUGGUUGCUUAGAUGCUUGGGAUAUUUUACAAAAACAAAAAGACUCGAUAUUAACAAUUAAGGUAGCUGAUAAAGGUUUGAAUUGUAUUCGAUGUCAAGAAGGUGGAUCACUUUUAGCUGUUGGUGAUAAUUUUGGUAAAUCUUAUGUCAUCAAAAUGAGUGAUUGGUUUGUUACACCUGGAAAAAAUGAUAAGGCAUUAUUAACUUCUAUGUUUGAUAGAGAAACUAGACGAGAAAAAAUCAUAGAAGCUAAACAGCGAGAACUAAAAUUAAAAACAAAAUCAACUAAAUGUGAUGUUACCUUAACUAAAGAUAAGCAAAUUCAAAUAGCUGAAAAUGAAGCUAGGAUGAUAACCGAAGCUGAAAAAGAGUUUUUUGAACUUGUCAUAAAUGGAGAAAAUGGUUUUAAUAUAGAUGAAAACAAUGACCAAGAAGAAAUAAAUAUAAACGUUCCAGAAGAGACUAAAAAUGGAAUAAUUGCAGCCGUUCGGAAGGUAUUAAAAUUUGAUUGGCCGUGGUUGUCAGACGUAAAAUCAUGUCAAACCAGCAAUGAAAAUAACAACACUUCCAAUAUGACUAAUUUUCUAUCAAAUUUACGCAAAAAAAUUAGUAAUCACACAAGAAUUGAGUGGACACCUGAUAGACUGGUUGGCCCAAUUCAUGAAGCUUUAAAUGUCUGUCGAAAAAAUAAUAUAGAUGAUAAUGAGUGUGCUAAAAUAAUAGCAAACUCUAUGAGUGAAAUCAUGAACAACAGUAGUGGGAAGUGGUCAAUUAGUGGAUGGCGAACAACAACUUCAAAAAAUCAGCCAGCUAUAAUGAAUGUACAAUACAUGUUCGUAUAUAACAACGGUUCGAUCAUAAUUAAUGACAAUCAGAUUGAUACAAUUGUUACAAAAGUUUUAAAAGCUCUUCUAGAUCAAAAAUUAGAAAACAAAUCUACCGCCGGACCAACAAGUACAAAAGAAUUUGAUGUUGAUUAUAUAUACCAUGAUUGAAUAAUUAUGUUUUUCAUUAAAAACAUUAAAAAAUACUAA